AUGAGAUGCCUGUUCAAUCUUACCAAGUUCAAUAAUGUGCAAACUGAUUGCUUGAUUUAUAACAACGACAAUCCUAGAUCAGCUCUUAAGCAACAAAUCGAAAAUACCGUGGUGGAACAUCUCUCGACUCUUAAGGAACAGAAUACGAUCAUGAAACAUGCUAGACAGGUAGCAUCUCCUAAGCACAUAACAAUGUGGGACAACAUCUGCCGCCAAAUGCCAAAGAAUAUAUUCGUGUUUGCGAGACAAGCCUUGAUAUAUUCUCUGCCGAAUAAUUCAAAUCUAUAUCGAUGGGGGAAAAGUGAUAACCCAUCUUGUGAAUUGUGCUACUCAAACAAACCAACACAACUCCACAUGCUUUCUGCCUGUCCGGUUUCGGCAGAUGAAGGUCGAUACACUUGGCGACAUGACUCAAUUCUUUACACUUUGCUUCACUAUCUAUCUCAACUAAGGAAAUACGGAUUUCGAAUCUAUGCUGAUCUAGACAAUUUUGACAAUCCGAACGAAUUCUUCCAUUCAUUCCGGCCAGACAUUGUACUAAUAAAAGAUGACAGAAUCUUCAUUUUGGAAUUGACGUGUUGCUUUGAAACAAACUCUGAAAAGAGCAGGAACCUAAAGAUCAGCAAAUAUAGGGAUAUUCAAAAUGAUUGCAAGAAAAGGUUUCGACACUGGAGAAAGAUUUUCGUUGAAUUUACAACACUUGGACUAGUAACAAAACAUAUAGAUGACUUAUACAGUGUCUUUAAAAAUACAAACAUUAAUUAUAAGAGAAUGAUUGAAAAGUGUAUGGAAGUAGCUAUGCGUGCCUCAUUUUAUAUAUAUGUACGCCGUAACAAACAAUGGACAUCUCCGCCUAUCUUAAAGUUUUAUUAA